AUGAAUGCAGAACAACAUGAUUGGUCAAGUCUUGUUGGUAAAGAUGGUAAAGAAGCUGUUGAGAUAAUUAAAAAAGAGACGGGUUUAACAAAUGUAGUAUUGAUGCCACCUAAUUCGAUAUGCACGAUGGAUUAUCGAACAGAUCGAGUUAGAAUUAAUGUUGAUGAACAAGGCAAAGUAGCAAGUCCUCCUAAUCUUGGUUAA